AUGUACGCCUUUUUAGUCAGUCCCAGAAGACUCUUCUCAUUGUGCGCCUCAACUCGUGUAUUAGCCUUAAGACUGACUCGAGUGGAUGUGCCCUCAUCUGUCAUAAUGGGAGACCCAGUUUGGCUGAACUGCUCGUAUGAGUUGGAGAACGACGAGCUCUACUCUAUUAAGUGGUAUAACUCUAACGGAGAAUUCUACCGAUGGGUUCCCAAAGACAUGCCUCCCGGACAGAAGUAUGAGUCCAGAGGAAUACAUCUCGACUUAACGAAAUCGAGUUUUGGAAAUGUAUUCCUUUCGAUGACUGAUCUACACACCGAUGGCACCUAUCGAUGCGAAGUGAGCGCCGAGGCUCCCAGUUUUCAAACGGUUAAGAGGGAGAAAGAAUUAAGAGUUUAUAAUGAUUAA